AUGAGGCUGCUGCGGCGCUGGGCGUUCGCGGCUCUGCCGCUGCUGCUGCCGCUGCUCUCCGCGCCCGGUCUUGGGGCCCUGGAUCCUGCUGGAGCUCUGCGAUGGGGAGGCUCACCCCAGGUGGAGGGUCCAGAAGCCCCCGAGGUCACAGAACCCAGUCGUCUGGUGAGGGAGAGCUCCGGGGGAGAGGUCCGAAAGCAGCAGCUGGACACUAGGGUCCGCCAGGAGCCACCAGGGGGCCCGCCCGUCCAUCUGGCCCAGGUGAGCUUCGUCAUCCCAGCCUUCAACUCAAACUUCACCCUGGACCUGGAGCUGAACCAUCACCUGCUCUCCUCGCAAUACGUGGAGCGUCACUUCAGCCGGGAGGGGCCCACCCAGCACAGCACCGGAGCUGGAGACCACUGCUACUACCAGGGCAAGCUGCGGGGGAACCCGCACUCCUUUGCUGCCCUCUCCACCUGCCAGGGGCUACAUGGGGUCUUCUCUGAUGGGAACUUGACUUAUAUCAUGGAGCCCCAAGAGAUGGCUGGGCGUUGGGGAGCCCCCCAGGGACCCCUUCCCCACCUCAUUUACCGGACCCCUCUCCUCCCAGCCCCUCUCGGAUGCAGGGAACCAGGCUGCCUCUCUGCUGCCCCUGCCCAGUCUGCUCCUCCAGACCGGCCAAGGCUGAGAAGGAAAAGGCAGGUCCGCCGGGGCCACCCUACGGUGCACAGCGAGACCAAGUACGUGGAGCUGAUCGUGAUCAAUGACCACCAGCUGUUCGAGCAGAUGCGACAGUCGGUGGUCCUCACCAGCAACUUUGCCAAGUCCGUGGUGAACCUGGCUGAUGUGAUGUAUAAGGAGCAGCUCAACACCCGCAUCGUGCUGGUUGCCAUGGAAACAUGGGCAGAUGGGGACAAGAUCCAGGUGCAGGAUGACCUCUUGGAGACCCUGGCCCGGCUCAUGGUCUACCGGCGGGAAGGUCUGCCUGAGCCCAGCGAUGCCACCCACCUCUUCUCGGGCAGGACUUUCCAGAGCACCAGCAGUGGAGCAGCCUACGUGGGGGGCAUCUGCUCGCUAUCUCGGGGCGGGGGUGUGAAUGAGUAUGGCAACAUGGGGGCCAUGGCAGUGACCCUGGCCCAGACGCUGGGACAGAACCUGGGCAUGAUGUGGAACAAACACCGGAGCUCGGCAGGGGACUGCAAGUGUCCAGACAUCUGGCUGGGUUGCAUCAUGGAGGACACUGGGUUCUACCUGCCCCGCAAGUUCUCGCGCUGCAGCAUCGACGAGUACAACCAGUUUCUGCAGGAGGGCGGUGGAAGCUGCCUCUUCAACAAGCCCCUCAAGCUCCUGGACCCCCCUGAGUGCGGGAACGGCUUCGUGGAGGCGGGGGAGGAGUGCGACUGCGGCUCGGUGCAGGAGUGCAGCCGCGCAGGUGGCAACUGCUGCAAGAAAUGCACCCUGACUCACGACGCCAUGUGCAGCGACGGGCUCUGCUGUCGCCGCUGCAAGUACGAGCCGCGGGGUGUGUCCUGCCGAGAGGCCGUGAACGAGUGCGACAUCGCGGAGACCUGCACCGGGGACUCGAGCCAGUGUCCCCCUAACCUGCACAAGCUGGACGGUUACUACUGUGACCACGAGCAGGGCCGUUGCUACGGAGGUCGCUGCAAAACCCGGGACCGGCAGUGCCAGGCCCUUUGGGGCCAUGUGGCUGCUGAUCGCUUCUGUUAUGAGAAGCUCAACGUGGAGGGGACAGAGCGUGGGAACUGUGGGCGCAAGGGAUCAGGCUGGGUCCAGUGCAAUAAGCAGGACGUGCUCUGUGGCUUUCUCCUCUGCGUCAACAUCUCUGGAGCUCCUCGGCUGGGGGACCUGGGAGGAGACAUCAACAGUGUCACCUUCUACCACCAGGGCAAGGAGCUGGACUGCAGGGGGGGCCAUGUGCAGCUGGCCGAUGGUUCUGACCUGAGCUAUGUGGAGGACGGUACAGCCUGCGGGCCGAACAUGCUGUGCCUGGACCAUCGCUGCCUGCCAGCCUCUGCCUUCAACUUCAGCACCUGCCCCGGCAGCGGGGAGCGCCGGAUCUGCUCCCACCAUGGGGUCUGCAGCAACGAAGGGAAGUGCAUCUGCCAGCCAGACUGGACAGGCAAAGACUGCAGCAUCCACAACCCCCUGCCCACAUCUCCACCCACGGGAGAGACGGAAAGAUAUAAGGGUCCCAGCGGCACCAACAUCAUCAUUGGCUCUAUCGCUGGGGCUGUCCUGGUUGCAGCCAUCGUCCUGGGAGGCACGGGCUGGGGAUUUAAAAACAUCCGCCGAGGAAGAUCCGGAGGGGCCUAAGUGCCACGCCCUCCCUCCGAGCCUGGCACCCACCGUCUCGGCCCUGACCCACGAGGCCACCCUUGUCCAGCCACGGAGGGAGGCGCCGAGCAAAUGUCUUCCAGGUCCAAACCCUUCAACUCCUGCUCCACAGGGGUUUGGGUGGGGGCUGUGGCCCUGCUCUUCACACCACCAGGGUGGACCAAGCCUGGAGGGCACUUCCUCCCUGGUCCCCCACCCACCUCAUGCGGCUUUGGCCUUGCACACCUACUCUCCCUGUGUGAAUGUAGCUUCCAUCAUCACAGAUUGCCACAGCUCAAGUUGGGGGGCCUGGAGGAAUGCCCCCAGGCAGCCACCAGUGGACACGGCCUGGGAUGGCCCCUCCUCAAAACCAGCCUUGCUCUCUGGGACCUGGGGGAAGGGGCUGACAUCCACAUAUUUUUAACUGAAUCUUAACUGAUGAAUGUAACCUUGGGGGUGCUGGAGCCAGGGCAGUUGUGGGGAUGUUGUGACAUUUGCAGGAGGGCCCAGAGAUGCCGAGAUGUGGCCAUCCCCUGGGUGCCCUGCCCCCUGCCCUGGGAUGACCACACCUGGAGUCCUGUCACUAAGCACGGCAGGGGCUGGGCGUCCCCACUUGCCCCUUCCACCCAGCCCCGCUGAGCCCAGAGGAGGUUCGAGUGCUGAUUCAAACCAAAGCUGCCUGCGCCGUGCCCAAGGCCUAGAUUAUGGGCACAGCAACCACAUGUCCCAGAUUGUCUUCAGUUCCAAAAUGACUGUCCUGCUGUCCCUGCCAGGACGCAUGUAUUUGGGGGAGGGAAGUCUAGAAAAAUAUAGUCCCUGAAAUACAAUGGCACCUUUCCCCUUU